ACCGCAAAUUCAUGGACAAGGUCCUUUUCUGGCGACCACAUCCCUCAAGAGGGCCGGAGGCUCUGGACAAUGCCCGCAACGACACCCUGGUCAAUAGAGACUGCCUGUCCUCUCCAGUCUCUGAUCAGGAGGUAGAAGACCCUGAGCAGGUGGAGCCAACGGGAGUACAGUCCUCAGGGGAAGCAGACCAUCUACUGGAACCGGCAGCAGCUGAAGGGUCUCGGGUGCGCAGAGGGCCACUGGUUCCUGCAGACGGUGAAGACCCCACAGAAUGCUUGAGGCAGUUCUUUGAUGACUUUUCCACCAUCGUGCCUUAUGAUUGCCUGGGACAAAACUCAUGA